AUGUACGGAUUAGUCCAGUUUUCAUCCUUCGAAGUUCUAUCGAGAGAGAUUGGCUCUCGUUUGCCUCCCAAUAGCGCUUCAUUGAGAUCAUCAGCGGACUUCGUAUGUGGAGGUUUAUCAGGUUGCUUGGCUAUGACAGCGGCCAUGCCUUUGGACGUCAUUCGAACGAGGCUGGUCGCUCAAUCUGGAAAUGCUGUUUAUAGAGGUACAACCCAUGCCAUUCUUCAUAUCUGGAAAAAGGAGGGAGUUUCCGGAUACUUUCGCGGUUGGAUACCUAGCUUGGCUCAAAUCGCUCCUUUCACAGGCGUCCAAUUUGCAUUAUACAAUCUCUUUAUUGACUUAUGGCCUCGCUUAGUAGAGCAUCAUGAUUCAACUGGAUCUCUCAUCUCAGGAGCAAUGGCUGGAACUGUGGCGAAGACGAUACUGUAUCCUCUUGACAUGGUACGCCAUCGUUUGCAAAUGAAUGGCUUUGAAAGGCGAGGUUUCGGCCGAACAUCAGAUUACCGCAUUGGGAUGCUGCGAACGAUGGUGAUGGUCAUUCGCAACGAAUCGGUCUACGGCUUGUUCAAAGGGCUUUGGCCCAGUCAGUUCGUCUCGGUUCAAGCUCUUUGCUUCACAUUGUCCAAGCUCGUGUUCGGCGUUGCGUCCGACCGUAUUUCGUCUCUGAGGAUAAUUUCGUUUGGUCUUGCUCUCAUCGCUGUGUCAUCGGUAUAUUUCGGCUACGUCUCAUCGUUUUACCACAUUUUGUUCGCCGUAGCAAGUAUCGGUAGUCUUCAAGGUGCAUCAUGGGUACCAGCUACGAAACUGGUAGCGAAGUGGUACAGUGACCGCGCAUAUGGAAAAAUGUUCUCGAUCCUCAGUUGUGGUAGUACUGCGGCCGGACUUCUUAUGCCUUUUCUUGUGGAGGCGUACUGGCGUAAUCUGAUGAUAUGUUGUGGUUUCAUUACACUAUCGUAUUCUAUAUUUGUAUUCUUUUUCCUACGCGGUGAUGAUGUAAAGCCUGUGUCUCCUCCCAGCAAAGAAGAGUCCUCAAGUCUCGUUUCCCUAACGUAUUCUCCAGCUAUAUGGAGUGUAUCUAUAAUGUAUUUGUUUUCCAUGGAGGUGCGGACUGUAUGCGAAUCGUGGAUUCCAAUAUACAUAACAGAAAAUCAAAUAAGCCUUGCUACAUUUCAAAUACUUUACGAAAUAGGAGGUGUUUUUGGAAACAUCGGAUCUGGUGCAUUGUUGGAUUAUCUCAUUCUUCGCAUUUCCGUUGAUUCAGCUCGUCGCAUUGUUGGAAUAGGAAGCAGUGCCCUACUGCUUUUAGUUGCAGCAUUUAGCAUAAAAUAUAUGGAAUAUGUCGCUACUAUUGGCCUGCUCCUUGGUUUCCUGGUCAAUGCCUCUAUAAACAUCUGGUGCAUGAUAGCAUCGCAGUUGGGUGACGCACAUAUGUCAGGAACAAUUUCCGCUUUUAUAUCUUUCCUUGCUAACUUUGGAUCAGUACUGGCUGGAUCACCAUUAGCAUUUCUUAUCGACAACUUCGGGUAUUCCUGUUUUGCUCCAUUUUUCUUCACUCAUAUGGCGCUUCUUGGAGCCAUUGCCUUAAUCAACGUCGGAUUUCGAGUGAAAGCUACAAAGCAGGAUUGA